CUGACAUUCGAACCCGAAGCGCGCUCAUCCAGGUCGUCGGGCAACUGAGUUGCUGACACGCACUGCCCACGCCAGAACAGAGUUUGCUUCACGAAACCACACGACCCCUUCAGAACAGCACAGAGAGUCAACUGGACCCAACUGAACCCAAUAAGGUUCCUCGUAUCUUGCUACUGCCUCUCAUCUCGACCUCCUUGCCUGCACUCGUGAACCUAUUGGGCUGCACCGAAGAUGUCUUGGGGAGGGAUGCCACUGCUCAGCGGCCCGCCGCCUGAGUACGCCACCAACGAACCGUCGUGCAGGAAAUGCGACAAGGAGUUCAACUUACUCUUUGCUCGGUCCAGGAAAUGCAACCAUUGCGGCUAUCUUUAUUGCCACUCGUGUACCGACUUCCAGGCGCUGAUACCCCGGAGUGGCUCGGAAACAGGAUACGACCCCGCACCCGUGUGUGCAUUCUGCAUCGAUAACCUCACGAUCACAGCAGGUGGCAAGAAUUAUUUGCGAUCGUUACCGCUUGCUCGACUGAAGAAGUACGCCAAUGCGUAUCACAUCGGAGUGAACGGUGUAUUGGAAAAAGACGAUUUAAUUGACACACUCAUGGCAGUCAGGGAGCGGAAUGGCUGUCUCCCGCGAGUAAAUGAGCAUUACUACCGCAAAAACUCGGUCCCGAACCGUCGCUCGAAUCGUCCGCGCGGCCUCUUCACCCGUGCUAUGGAUGCGAUGGGCAGUGAGCGCACCUCUCAACCAAACUCGCCGCCACGCCACCCGCAACCGCAACAACAACAGCAGCAACCACCUUACCAGCCGCGCCAGCGCACGACCUCCGGUCCUAGUAGCUUCCCGCGACCAGAUCUCGAGCCCGACCGACAGCCGCAGGGCACAUAUGCGUACCCGCACCAUCCGCCACCCCCGCCGCGCGAGUCGGCCUACCGGCCCCCUCCGCCACCGCGCCCGCAGACGACUCCCAGCCGCUCGCAUCUCAAUGUCCCUAGAGGCAACCAGAACACCAGCAGCAGUCAGCAAGCCCGAGGACGCACGCGAGCAGCGUCUGCGUCCUCGCCCUCUACGCCGCGCGCCUCUUCACCCGCGCCACCAGUGCCGACGCUCGACGAACUGCUAGAGAUGUCAGGGGAGGACAUCGCGCGCCUCAGCAUCGGUACGCUGAAGGCGGUGCUCUUCCAGAACCAUGUAAAUGCGCGGCUAGUCGUGGAGAAGGCGGAGCUGGUCGCGAAGGUACGCACACUGGUGGAGGACGAGCGGAGGGAGCGCGAGCGGCAUGCUGUGUUGGAGGCUGCGGAGAGGGCUGCAGAGGAAGAGGCGAGGAGGGAGAGGGAGGAGGCGAGGAGGGCAGAAGAAGCCAGGAGGCGCGGAGAGGAGGACGGGCAGGGAGAGUCGGCUAUGGAGGAUGUCCGAGGCGACGGGGAGAGCGCGAUGCAUGUCGACAUUUCGGAGGGACAACCAGAAGUACACGCGGAUGUACAGGAGGGCCCGUCGGACGAAGCCGCGCCCCCGCCACCGCCCAAGCCUGCCACUCCUCCUGUACCACCCAAGACUGCUCCUCCCCCUACACCGCCCAAGCGAGGAAUGUCGCCGAAAGCGCAAGCUAAGGCAGCGCAAUUGGAGCGUACGGGCCUCUGCGUGAUCUGUCAGGAUGAGGAAGCCAAUAUUGCCAUUGUUGACUGCGGUCAUCUUUGUUUGUGUCGAGCCUGCUCGGACCUGAUCAUGAAGAGCUCGCGCGAAUGUCCUCUCUGUCGUACGCGUAUCGUCACGGAGCAGCGUCUGCUCAGAAUAUUCAAGUCGUGAAGUCUUGCAAUGUUGUAUCGGCUAAUGAGCUACGUGUCCGCUGUCUGAUCCUACGUUGCCAGUGUGCCACUGAUCCUCGCCGUAUAUAUCUUCGCUGUGUAUAACUUAAUCACACACGCAUUGUGUCGUGGUGCAUAUCAUACUGUUGUAGAAUAUCUUGUUACCUGAGUGAUAUAUGUAUCCUGGGUGCAAUCUCCUCAUGCAAUGUACUGUGAAACGUGUAGCCUUGGUGCACUAUACUAAUGAAGCCUUGGUUUGACCCAUA